AUGGUAAAACAAUUCAAAAACACCGAACAAAAACAAGCAAUUGUGAUUGAAAAAAUUUGCUCCAAAGAAUUUCAGUCCUGCUUAUUAAUUAAGGAUGAAACGUUUGAUGAUGGAGGGCAGAAUUCCGUGCUGCGUACGCUUGUACCAGAAAAAUUUCCCGAUUUUAUCGUUGCCCAAGUAAUCCUGCAAACAUUUACAGGUUGGAAAUCAUGGUUACCGCAAUUUAAUCGAGCGCAAUGCCAUGCAAUAGCAUUGCUACCAGCUGAUUAUCAACAGAUAAUGUUAACAGCUCCAUUUUUGACCGGAUCAUUACGUAAAGUGAAUGAUAGCAUUGAAUCCAGCCGUGUAUUACUUGUGGGACUCGGAGCACGCACAAUCGGCAAUUAUAUUCAUUAUCAUUUAUUUCGAGUAGAAAUUGAUGAGCUCGUUGUUGUUGAAAAAGAUCAAUAUCUGAACAAAGUAUGGUUAAAUAAUUCAAUUUGGAGACAUAUCACUAUCGCUGAUAUACGUGAAAAAAACUAUAAUGCAGUAUUUAUUGACACCUGUCUUAAUGCUAUCUGUCCGCCAACACGGAUAAUCGAAACAGCUGCACAGUUAAAUAAAACUAUCAAAGAAGAUGGUAUCCUUAUCGUUAAUGUUAAUGCUCCAGCAAAAAGUUUAUUACAUCGUACAAUAAAAAGGGUAAAUGAUAGUUUAUCAAAAACAUAUGGUUGCUUUAUGAUAGCUAAUCGUAAUAGUCGCAUGGCUCCUUCCAAUAUAAUACUUCUUUAUUGGAAAUUGUCAACAAUAACUGGAUGUCAAAAGCUAUGUGACACAAUGGAAUCAGUUGGUGAAGGUUUCUUGGUUAUUGGAUUAAAACUUGGGUUGAUUUGUGUUACAGAAUUGGGUUUCUUGAAGAGGAGANUUGAUCNNUCUGUUUGA